UAGCUACCUAUAAGAGUACAACUAAUCUCGGUAUCUUAUAUUUGAGUAAAUUUACCCACAUACAAGUACCAACUAGCUGACUAUGAAUGGGAAAGAGCUCCAUUCUAAGGCACAAUUGGCGGCCCUGUUCAAUGAUUUUUAUCUACAGACGACGGCACCAGGGUUUCAACAGAUUGGGAACUACCAAAUUACACUGGAGAUUGGCGAAGGUGCCUUUGGGAAAGUGUAUCUAGCCCGACAUGUCUUGUUAAACGUGCAAGUAGUGCUCAAGUGUGGGUCCUUGGAUGAUCCAAAUAUCGUUAGAGAAAUAUAUUACCAUAAACAAUUGAAACAUAAACAUAUAGUGAAGCUAUAUGAAGUGAUAAAGACCGAGUCACAUCUUUGGAUGGUACUUGAAUAUUGUGAAGGGAACGAGCUUUAUUACCACAUAUAUAACAAGCGUCGGUUGGACCCUUCUGAAGUGAGGCACUUGUUCUAUCAGAUUGUUGUAGGGGUGCAAUAUGUCCAUCUGCUUCACUUAUGCCAUCGAGAUUUAAAGUUGGAGAAUAUUCUCUUGGCGGAUACAAAACAUACAUUAAUCAAACUUACAGAUUUUGGAUUUGUAAGAGAAUUCAACCCACAACGUAGAACAUUCCUUUCCACAGUGUGCGGCACCACAGUUUAUAUGGCUCCGGAAAUGCUUACUAGUAGUAAAUAUUCUGGGUUUCAAGUGGAUGUUUGGUCCUUGGGAGUUAUAUUAUAUACCAUGUUAUAUGGUGAGAUGCCCUUUGAUGAAGAUGAUGAUAUGAGUAACCGAUAUAGAAUUGUUUGUGAAGAACCAAAGUUUGGCCCAUUGAAUAAUUUUUCCACUCCCACAGCUGAACAAUCAGGUGGUGAAGAUGGUAUAGCAGCCAUUGAAUUAAUUAAAAAAAUGCUUACAAAGGACCCAAAGGUUAGAGCAACAAUCCCUGAAAUUCUUAAUUCUGACUUUUUAUUUGAUCUUCACCACGAAAAGAUCCAACAAAGUGGUAGUAGCAUGGGCGGAGGUUCUAAACGUAGUGAUAACGAGUCGAUUAUAUCGAUAUCACAACAUUAUAACUCCAAAAAUGUACCUUUUUCAUCGAAAAUAGAAAGACAACUUCUUAAAUCAUUUGCCAAACUUAACAUCAAUACCGAUCAACUACAACAUAAUAUCAUGAACAACGAGACAAAUACAUUGACUGCAUUGUACGAAUUGGCACUUACUCGCGAGUAUAAAAGAAAGAAAAUACGGUAUUACAAGGAAAAGAAGAGGCGAUACAAAGAGGCUAGAAAAUCAUUACAGCUGAGUAAAAGGAGAGUUAAAAAUGCGUUAGGAGUUGAUCCCAACGGCUCUUCUCAACCUCUAGAAAGGAUAUUGUCCUCUUUGAGUUUAAGUAGUAGAGGGGGAGAGUCUUUUGCUGGCGGAGUAAUACCAGGAGCAACAACAACUUCGGCCAACUCUGGGAGACCGGCUUCUCUUGGAAGGCGUUCCAUGGACAGUGCGAGAAGAAGUUUCCAAGGUGUAAAUACCAGUAUCAUGAGUAACAGUCACAUUCAUAGUAGUGGUGGACCUACUAGUAGACCCCUUUCGCCCAAAUCACACGAUCCUUCUUCACAUCUUCAAGAAAAUCCUCCAUCCGUACCUCCUACCAAUAGGAGUGUUUCAUUCCACCCAGAUCAUAAACGAAUACCAUCAGGAUUAUCCAUACUCUCUGAAGAAAGUUUAAAGCGGAAGAAACCCAGACCACGGAUUUUUGAUAAACUCCAAUUUUGGAAGACUAGAAACGGAGGUGGAAGUAACUCUGUUGGAAACAAGGACACGCAACAAGAUAGCAUUGCUGAUACCGUUGCCCCUACUAUAAGUAACACGACCAAAACACUGCAAAAACUGCAACUGCCUGAAGCUGGAAGUCUAGGCGCUUCUACAAAAGUGCUGUCGGGGGAAAAGGAUGAAAAUAAGGGGAGUGCCCAAGAUGGCCAAAUUUCUGGCAACUACCUGACACCAAGGGCGAACCUGUCUCUUGGAGAAUCGGGUAAUGCUACUUCUACUCCACCAGAUCCUGCAUUUUAUAGCUCUUCCCGCCUUAGUAGGACCCGACCAUCAUCUGUGAUCUCACAGGCAUCACAAUUGAGCCAUCUCAGUCAGCUUUCUACAAUCAUGUCAGAACUGGAAAUGGAUAUUUUAGAAGGAACUGACAGCAGUAUGGUGUUUGAAUAUUACGAUGAUGACGAUCGAAUGUAUGAAUCAUCUGUGAAUAAUUCUCAUAAUGAUUUCAAACAAUUAUUGUCCAACAGUGGCUCCAAUAAUACGGUGCAUACUAGUGGACCGAAUAGUAACUCUUUAAUACCAACAAAUCAACCAAAGAGUAAAGCCAUGAGGAAACGUCCAAGUUAUCGUCGAACAAUGUCGUCCGAUGUAUCGAUACUUUCCUCAUCAACAAGCAAUACUACCACCAACUUCAAGGGAGCAGGAACUCCAUUGAAAAAAGCAAGACUCUCACAAGUGUCAAGUAACGCUUCUAUUACCUCUGAAGAUUCAUCACUGAGAUCGGUAAGAUCGACAUCUCUUUAUGAUCCAGUAUCAUUCCCCGCAGUUGAAAACAGACCAGUAUCCCCAGAGCCUGGUCGUUACAAAGGUAGACCAUUCAGGAUUGUACUGCCUCUUGAUACCAGUGGACUACCAAGAUCACAUUCACCGCCAAUUACAGCAUUUGCAUUUUUAAAAAGGAAUAACAAGACAACAGAUACUCAGCAAGUUGAUGAUAGAGUGUUGAGAGUUCCUAAACCUAUUAGUGCUGGUCCAAACAACAGAAUGUUUGAAACAAGAUCUAUAAUUGAUGAGGAAGAGGAAGAUGAACAAGAUGGUCAAGAUGAACCAGAAGAACAAAUGGUACAAGUGGUCAAACUUAAUGAAAUAUACGAACAAGAUGAACAUGAGCAUGAGCAUGAGCAUGAACAUCCAGAACAAAUCGAGGUGGAUGCACAUGAUCCAGUAAGAUUGGACAGUAAUGGACACAUAACCAUCGAGAAACAACAGUUAAAGGUCUAGAUCUCAAAGAAUAUUAUUAGAGGAUUACAAAAUUGGUACCGUAUAUAGAAAUAGAUUGAUUCCCUC